CGCGGAAAGGUUCAUCUGGCCUGGUUUGAACAAGGAUGUCAAAGUUUGGGCCCAGCCGUGCCCGAGUUGCCAACGGACCAAGGUCCGCCCGGCACCUUUCCUAGCCCCAACGCUCGUUUCAGUCAUGUGCACCUCGAUGUCGUAGGUCCGGGUGGCCGCCGAAAGUUUUCUGUCUCGGUCAGCCCUGAUGGUGAUCGGUCCGACCGCGACAUCACGUGUUAG